AUGCCUUCCCAUAACACCAGCUACAAACACCGUAGGCAGGAUUUGCUCUCCAGAUCCAACAAAGAGCACAAGGGGGAUCUGUUGGUGCAUCUUGGACACCAUUUUGGACGGACUGAGCAUGCCUUCUGCAACAUCAAAGUGAUUUUAGACUUCGGUCUUCAAUGUCUUGAGGAUGCUGGUCUAUCAGAGAGCAACGAAAAACAGCACAGACUAUUCGACACUCUCAGAGAGCUAGACCCCAACCUGGAAGAGCGCCUCAGAGAUGGCGAGCAUACUUCUGACAUAGCAGCCUUAAUUGAUGCAGGCAGGGAUGGUGCCCGCUCAACGGAUGCACAGUCUGUGAAAAAAGCCAUUCUUGAUUGGGUCCACCCUGACGGUGGGGCCUUGAUACCACCGCUCCUUCGAGAUUCCAGAGUUGGGUACGGAUUUGCCCAUGUUGAUACAGGUAGGCUUCUCUGCCCCACACAUCUGGAUUGGGAUGACGCCAAGAUACGCAAGAAACUUCAGAACAGGACUGCAGUCGUUACGGCGGACCAAUGCCCCACAUUCCUAUACGAAGAUCUCACAUAUGAUGAUGACUUGCUGGGGAGAGGGCCAUAG